GUUCAAAGUCGCAAGAGAAAAUUUACCAAAAAUAUGAAAUCCAAGAUAUUCUCUCUUCCUUUCCUCUUCUUCGUUUUCAUUUUCUCCCACUUCCUACACGGUUACGUUUCCAGUGAUCCUUACCUAGAAGAAUUGGCUCAUCAUGCUGGCUACUACAACUUGCCAAAUACGAAAUCAUCAAGGUUGUUCUAUUUCUUCUUUGAGUCACAGAACAACAUAACGGAUCCAGUUGUGAUCUGGCUAUCGGGUGGACCGGGUUGUAGUAGCAGCUUUGGUCUAUUCACUGAGAAUGGUCCGUUCAUUCUAACUGAAGAUCUCUCUCUCUCUCGGAACAAGUAUAGUUGGAACCAGGUCUCCAAUAUAAUUUACGUUGACCAACCAGUUGGGACAGGUUUCAGUAACAUAUCGGACACUGACGUUCUCCGGCAUGACGAGACUGGUGUGAGCAAUGACCUCUACAAUUUCCUUCAGGUGUUUUUCACGGACCAUCCACAACUCGUUAGGAACGAUUUCUUUAUCACGGGGGAAUCUUAUGCAGGCCACUACAUUCCAGCGUUGGCUUCUCGCAUUCACACUGGAAAUAAAAAUAAUGAAGGGAUUCCAAUAAAACUUACGGGUAUUGCGAUUGGUAACGGCUUCACCAAUCCUGAGAUCCAGUAUGGUGCAUAUGGGGAUUAUGCGCUGGAAAUGAAGUUAAUCUCCCAGUCUGAUCAUGAAAGUCUCAACCAAGUUUACGUUAACUGUCAAAGCUCCAUAAGAAAAUGCAAUAUUGAUGGUGGUUUAGCGUGUGCUUAUGCUUACAACGUCUGCAACCAAAUCCCUUACUAUAUACAAGCUGAAAAUGUAGACAUGAAUCCCUAUGACGUGAGGAAGAAAUGUGGGGAACUGAUAUGUGAUGACAAUUCCAAUCUGGAAACUUUCUUGAACCAAGAUAAGGUAAGGAAAGCGUUAGGCGUUGGAGAUAACACUUUUGUAUCGUGCAACGAGACAGUUAAUCAAGCAAUGAUAGAGGAUUGGAUGAUUAAUCUCGAGGUUAAGAUCCCAACUCUUAUCGAAGAUGGAAUCAACCUUCUAGUCUAUGCCGGAGAAUAUGAUUUCCUUUGUAAUUGGCUUGGAAACUCCAGGUGGGUUGAGCAGAUGAAUUGGUCAGGCCAGAAGGAAUUUGGAACAGCCAAGACAGUGUCGUUCAUGGUAAAUGGUAAAGAAGCCGGUGUAAUGAAGAAUCACGGUCCUCUCACUUUUCUUAAGGUACGUGAUGCUGGACAUAUGGUUCCGAUGGACCAGCCAAAGGCUUCUCUACAAAUGCUUCAGACUUGGAUGCAAGGAAAGCUGAAUAAAUUGCUAAAAUAAAAUAGAAUGCGUCUUCGUAGUUACCACUUUCUUGCAAAUUGUCUAAGUCCCAUCAUUGAGAUGAAUUAACAAUAAAUGAUAAGUAUGUCUGAAUUAAAAAAUAA